UUACGAAAUACCCAAAGCUCGAAUCAUGACAAAGAUUUCCCCAUGAAAUUAAUUAAGCUUCAGAGGGAUACUACACACACAUAUUGCCCUCUUUUAACCGGUGCAUCAUUUCAUUUGAGGGAUGGAUGAGGGCAUUUUCUGCUUCUCUUAUUCUUCUCCUCUCUUCUCUUCUUGAGUAGUGAAUAGUGAUUGCCCUUCUCAAGUACAGAGUACAGUAGUAGUAUAUAGUAGUAGCAAUUACUCUCCGUUUUUAAAUUGUACUGCUCUGUUACCGGCUAUGAGAAAAAAAUUCUUGCUAGAGUACUUCGUAUGAGGUAGCAGAAAUCUAAGGGUCGAAACUCGAACGAACGUCCGACAAAUGACCGAAGAAAUGACUUUCCUGGUGCCCAUUGGGCUAUAGAACCCAAUGGAUGAUAAGGCCUCACCUAAAACAUUAGCUAGCUGAAAACACCACCAUCUCCACACUCCUGGCACCCCACCCCACCGGCAGCCCAAUGUAGAAAAAAAAAAAAAAAGAAGAAAACUCAAAUGCUGCUGACUGCUCUGCUGAGUGAGUGACGACUGAGAAGGAAGGAAGGAGAGUAGAGAGAAGAAUGGUGGCCGCCUCCUAUUCGCCGUCUCAUGUCUCUCGCGACCCACACCUCUUCUGUAACUCUCUUUAUCCCACUCACCUCCACCAGCUCAGAAUCAUCGCCCAUAACGCCCUCGCUUUUCAUCCUCUCAAGCCCCAUCCAAAACCUUCCCUCUCUAUACCGGCUUCCCAACAACAAUCCCCCUCAAUUUCCCAAAUUCCUCACCGCCCAGAUGCUAAAACCAUCUCUUCUUCCUCAAAAAGCUAUAUCUGGGUCAACCCCAACAGCUCCAGGGCAUCAAAGCUCAGGCGCAAUUCCUACGAUUUCAGGUAUGCUUCUUUAGUCCAAGCUUCCCAACAGUUGGACUCGUGUGACUCUGUAGAAGCUGACGUUAUUUGUAUUUUGGCUAAUUUGGGUGGCAAAGUUUUAGAACAAGAUGCUGCAGUUGUGCUCAAUAACAUGUCCAACUCUGAAACUGCGCCUUUGGUGCUCAGAUACUUUCUGGAAAGGCUUAAGUUGAAGAAAGAAGUGAUUUUGUAUAAUGUUACCUUCAAGGUGUUUAGAAAAUGUAGAGACUUGGACAGAGCCGAGAAAUUGUUUACGGAUAUGAUUGAGAGAGGCGUUAAGCCCGAUAAUGUCACCUUUUCCACCAUAAUUAGCUGCGCCAGGCUGUCUUCAUUACCUGAGAAAGCCGUCCAGUGGUUCGAAAAAAUGCCGUCUUUUGGGUGUGAACCGGAUGUGGUUACCUAUUCUGUGAUGAUUGAUGCGUACGGGAAGGCUGGGAAUGUAAAUCUGGCUUUAACUUUGUAUGACCGUGCUAGGACGGAAAAAUGGCGAAUUGAUGCUGCUACCUUUUCGACUUUGAUUAGGAUUUAUGGGACGGCCGGGAAUUUUGAUGGGUGCUUGAAUGUUUACGAGGAAAUGAAGGCUCUGGGAGUUAGGCCUAAUUUGGUUGUCUAUAAUUCCUUGUUGGACUUGAGUGUCGUUCUUUACAACACCCUGUUGUCGAUGUCUGCUGAUGUGGGAUUUAUUGAUGAAGCUGUUGAAAUUUUUGAAGCUAUGAAAGGUUCUGAGAGUUGCAAACCUGAUAGCUGGACGUAUUCUUCCAUGAUCACAAUUUAUUCCUGCAGCGGCAAAGUCUUUGAGGCGGAAUCCACAUUAAAUGAGAUGUUGGAAGCGGGCUUUGAGCCUAAUAUCUAUGUCUUGACUUCACUGAUCCAGUGUUAUGGGAAGGCCAACCGCAUAGAUGAUGUGGUUAGGACUUUUGAUCGGCUGCUGGGUUUAGGAAUAACGCCUGAUGAGAGAUUCUGUGGUUGUCUUCUUAACGUAAUGACUCAAGCACCAACUCAAGAACUUGAUAAGUUGACCAGAUGCAUUCAGAAGGCUGACGCCAAACUUGGUCAUGUGGUGAAGCUCCUUGUGGGCGAGGAGAACAUUGAAGGUGACAUCUUGCGGAAGGAAGCUGGCGAACUCUUUCAUGAAGUUGGUUCUGAUGUUAGAAAAGCAUAUUGCAACUGUUUAAUUGAUCUUUGUAUCAAGAUUGAUCUCUUGGAGAAAGCUUGUGAGCUGCUAGACCUCGGCCUUAAACUCGAGAUUUAUACUGAUAUACAGUCUAGAACUCCAACCCAAUGGUCUUUACAUUUAAAGAGUCUCUCACUUGGGGCAGCUCUGACGGCAUUGCAUAUAUGGAUAAAUGACUUGUCCAAGGCCCUUGAAAGUGGGGAGGAGCUGCCUUCACUGCUUGGGAUCAACACUGGUCAUGGAAAACAUAAGUAUUCAGAGAAAGGUCUAGCAGGUGUUUUUGAUUUACAUCUGAAGGAACUGAAUGCUCCAUUCCACGAGGCACCUGACAAGGCUGGGUGGUUUUUGACGACAAAGGUUGCAGCCACAUCGUGGUUGGAGUCUAGAAGCACUCCUGAGGUAGUUGCUGCUUAGAGAUUGUUCUUUGUCUGGCUUACAUUUUCAAUACUAGCUUUUAAUUUUGAUAAAAGAUCUGGGAAAAGGGUAUAACUUAUUUUGAUUUUCUUUGUUUUUGUUAAUCUAGAUCUCUCUCUAGAUUAAUUUUGUCAUGGUAAUGCUCAAAAUGUAGUUGCUAUCAGAUGAUUUUUCCAAUUUCGAUUGAGCUUAUGGUGCAAGAUUAAAGGAGUUUUAGAAUUUUCAAA